AUGAAUUCAUUCGUUGAUGAGAAAAAACAUCCGUACUUCGAGAAAAAAAACGAUCCACCCCUAACUGAUGGCGAUAUAGUGGACUCAUUUCUUAAUUUGGAUGAUACUGAUCCUGUCAUAGCUUCAUUAUUCUUCCCACAACCUUCAAGCUUACUUGAGGGAAGCGAUUGUCCUUCAUUUUUUAAAGAAGCCGAUAACGUCGGAUUUGCUUCCAAUAACGACGACCAAUACAGUCAUUGCACUUUUACUACAGUCCAAUCAAACGAGAACCGAGAAUUACUUUUUGCUGAUUAUGAUUUAAAGACAUCCCCUUCACCACAGAAACAAUUUCUGGAUGGGGCACUCAACGAUUAUUCACCAAAAUCAAAUAGCAACUACAAACCAAAAAUUGAAACUCCAAUAACCUUAGAGGAUAUACUGGAAAGCAAUGCUGGAACUUGUGUUCCAAGCCUUGUCUUCAAUGAUUUUAGCACGUUGGAAAACUCCUCUGACAUGUUCCGAAGCUUUUCAGCUGGCACUGGCGCACAGAAAAAAAGCGCACAAGCAAAAAACUCUGGUACUAAUUCUGACCUUAUUUCACUUGUAAUGCCACAAAAGAACAAAUCCGUAAAAUUUACUCAAAUCAAAAGUCCUUAUAAAGUGCAUAAAACUAAACAGGGUAUUAAUCCUGAUUAUAUCAAAAAUAUUAUCCAGAAAUAUAACAUGGAAUUGAACCAAAUACUUGUGCCCGAUGGGUCAAGUGAUACUUCAACUGCUGGUCAGUCAGUUUCACGACACCUGUUUUUAAGGCAAGGCCAAGAGGAUAGAGAAGCAACAGCAGUUUGCGCCGAUCCUUUUUUCGAGACUCAAAACGAGGUACCUCGACCUUCGCCUGGAAGACCCCGUAAAGAGAGGAGGCCUACAUUAUUAAAAAAAGAUGCUAAUGUUACCUUGGAGGAGAAACUAAACCAUUAUCAGAGCAUCCUGGAGGAUGCGAGACUCAAUAACCUACCUGGAAUAUUCUUAAGAGAGCAAGCCGUCUCUGAAUUUUGCCUCGAGGAUUUUGGAAAGGCGCCCACUUAUCUGACUUUAGUUCUUUCAAAUUUUGAAGCAGUGCAAGAAUUCUUAGAGCAGAAAAGUUUAAGCUAUAAGCAAAGUUAUAGAACUAUUUGGAGAGUUAGUAGAUCCCAAUUUGAUCAAAUCGUAAAUUUUGAGUUUUUUUUAUCGGAUGAAAUCAGCGUGGUUCCUGAAGACAAAAUGGAAAUCAGUAUCUUUACCUUAAUCGUUCCAGGUCACGCUACAAAACACUUGAUCACCAGUAGCCAGUAUUUGGAGAUGGUAAACUUCAUGCUAGGAAAGGACUAUAAUCAUGCCAUCAACGACAACUUAGCUGAAGCUACAGUUGGAUCAGAUGGAAAAAUGAUUCCAACUCAAAAACACCACGCAUCAAGAGUAAGAUCUCAUGUGAAGAAAUAUUUGAAAAGACAUGUUAUUAAAGAUAAAAGGAGAUACACAGAAGAAGAUCGUCGUGACCAACACGAAUUUCAAUAUCGUAUUGCUCUACAUCAUAUUGUAAUGCAAUCUUCCGUUAAAAGACCUUUUGAGAGCAAGGUAUCUGUUGCUCUAAUGGAAUUACAUAAUGCUAAGGACGCUCUCAUAAAGCAGGCUGAAUUUUUUAUUUUCAAAAAACUCAGCUAA